CGUCCAGAUCUCGAUCUACCUGUUGAACGUGCCUGCUCUAACAGACUCCAGGAUUUAAACAGGGGGCUUGCUGAGUUCGUCCACCAGAAGUUAUUGAAGACUGAGCACCUGGGCAGCGGCUCUACCACAGAACCACGUAGUGGGUUGGGCCUGGCUCUUCCCCUCUUCUCUCUUGCCAUUGUCUCCGUUCUGUAUCAGUGCCCCCUGAGCCUCCACACCUUUGACUGCACUGGCAGACCAAAGGCAACAGGACAGGUUGUCGUGGCAAGUCCCAGAAUGCCAUGGUACUAUUCCUGUAACCGGCCACUUUGUCUCUUUCUAGGCUCAGCCUCCAGAUGCAUCGAAGGGUCGUCCGCGGAAGACCUGCAGCCUUUGCCUCCUGGGGUCCAGCGGAACUCUCUGCCCAGCGGCCUCAUGCAGCCCGACGUCUCGUCAAUGGGGCGAAGAGAUUGCAUCCCUGAUGGAGGAGACACCCGCAUAGUGGGUGGCAGCCCUGCGACCUUUGGGGGACAGGCAGGGGGGUCUUCUACAACUGGCCCCAGUUCACCAGGGGCGAGCCCCUUCCAAUCUGGCAAGCCAAGCCGGCCUGGGCUGUUGGGGUCUAUAUUUGGAGGGACGCUCCCUCCUCCGUUAUGGGCACCAAAUGUGAAACCUGGCAUGCCAGGUUAUGGGGCUGGCGUUGGGUCAUAUGGCUAUGGCUCUGGAUAUAACAGCCAGGGUUUCCCCCGCCCAGUGUGGAAGAGACCUGGGUUCCCUUACAUACCGACUGCUGAGGAGCGGGGUGGAGGCUACAUCCCAAUACGAAACGAGCCACCUAGGCUGUAUCCGUACGGCGGCGGUGGAGCAGCAGCAGCAGGGGGAUCGACUUACAGUGGCGGGUCUGUAGCAUACGGGCCGAGGGGCACAUAUGACGGCAGCUACGGGCCCGUCCCUGCAAGUGUGCAGCCAGGUGGACAGCGAGACAGUGGGGACAAAGGAAACCCUUGCACUCAAAACUGUUAGGGCGAAAGGCUGGUCCACAUCCUGGGAACUUGAGGCAGGGUGGGUGGAAUGUCAGCUCAACUCUUCUGAGAGGAGUAUGUGUUCUUAGGCUGUGUUUCCCCCAAAAAUUUUAGGACCCCUACCCUUAAAAAAUAAAAUAAAACACAUUCAAAAGACACGGUUAUGAGUCCUCCUGACCAAGGAGUUUUCAGAACUUUUGCCUAACAAAUAUGCUCCAAACCGCCAUAGAACUACAAGAGUUUUCUGGAAGAAUCAGAGAUGGAAGGGACCCCAAGGGUCAACUAGCCCAAGGCAGGAAUCUCAACCAAAGCAUCCAUGGCAGAUGGCCAUAGC